UUCUGAUAACUUACGAGAGAUUCUCCAAAAUGUGGCCAAAUUGCAAGGAGUAUCAAAUAUGAGAAAGUUAGGCCAUUUAAAUAACUUUACUAAGCUUCUUUGUGAUAUUGGUCACAGUGAAGAAAAACUGGGCUUUAACUAUGAAGAUAUCAUAAUUUGUUUGCGAUUAGCUUUAUUAAAUGAAGCAAAAGAAGUGCGAGCAGCAGGGCUCCGAGCACUUCGAUAUCUUAUCCAAGACUCCAGUAUUCUCCAGAAGGUGCUAAAAUUGAAAGUGGACUAUUUAAUAGCAAGGUGCAUUGACAUACAGCAGAGCAACGAGGUAGAGAGGACACAAGCACUUCGUUUAGUCAGAAAGAUGAUUACUGUGAAUGCUUCCUUAUUUCCUAGUUCAGUGACCAACUCAUUAAUCGCAGUUGGAAAUGAUGGACUUCAAGAAAGAGACAGAAUGGUCCGAGCAUGCAUUGCCAUUAUCUGUGAACUAGCACUUCAGAAUCCAGAAGUGGUGGCCCUUCGAGGUGGACUAAACACUAUCUUGAAAAAUGUGAUUGACUGCCAAUUAAGUCGAAUAAAUGAGGCCCUAAUUACUACAAUUUUGCACCUUCUUAAUCAUCCAAAGACCCGACAGUAUGUGCGAGCUGAUGUAGAAUUAGAGCGAAUUUUAGCACCCUAUACUGAUUUUCACUACAGACACAGUCCAGAUACAGCUGAAGGACAGCUCAAAGAAGACAGAGAAGCACGGUUUCUAGCCAGUAAAAUGGGAAUCAUAGCAACAUUCCGGUCAUGGGCAGGUAUUAUUAAUUUGUGUAAACCUGGAAACUCUGGGAUCCAGUCUCUCAUUGGAGUACUUUGCAUACCAAAUAUGGAAAUAAGGCGAGGUCUACUUGAAGUGCUUUAUGAUAUCUUUCGUCUUCCUCUACCUGUUGUGACUGACGAGUUCAUAGAGGCACUACUCAGUGUAGAUCCAGGGAGGUUCCAAGACACUUGGAGGCUUUCCGAUGGCUUUGUAGCUGCUGAAGCAAAAACUAUUCUUCCUCAUCGAGCCAGAUCCAGGCCUGACCUCAUGGAUAAUUAUUUGGCACUGAUACUCUCUGCUUUUAUUCGUAAUGGGCUUUUAGAGGGUCUGGUUGAAGUGAUAACAAACAGUGAUGACCAUAUAUCAGUUAGAGCUACCAUUCUUUUAGGAGAGCUUUUACAUAUGGCAAACACAAUUCUCCCUCACUCACAUAGCCAUCAUUUGCACUGCUUGCCAACCCUAAUGAAUAUGGCUGCAUCCUUUGAUAUCCCCAAGGAGAAGAGAUUGCGAGCCAGUGCAGCCUUGAACUGUUUAAAACGCUUCCAUGAAAUGAAGAAACGAGGACCUAAGCCUUAUAGCCUUCACUUAGACCACAUUAUUCAAAAAGCUAUUGCAACACACCAGAAACGGGAUCAAUAUCUUCGAGUUCAGAAAGAUAUAUUUGUUCUUAAGGAUACAGAAGAAGCUCUUCUAAUGAACCUUAGGGACAGCCAAGUCCUUCAACAUAAAGAGAAUCUUGAAUGGAAUUGGAAUCUUAUAGGGACCAUUCUUAAGUGGCCAAAUGUAAAUCUAAGAAACUAUAAAGAUGAACAGUUGCACAGGUUUGUACGAAGACUACUUUAUUUUUAUAAGCCCAGCAGUAAAUUAUAUGCCAACCUGGAUCUGGAUUUUGCCAAGUCCAAGCAGCUCACAGUUGUGGGUUGCCAGUUUACAGAAUUUCUUCUUGAGUCUGAAGAAGAUGGGCAAGGAUAUUUAGAAGAUUUAGUAAAGGAUAUUGUUCAGUGGCUCAAUGCUUCAUCUGGAAUGAAACCUGAAAGAAGUCUUCAAAAUAAUGGUUUAUUGACUACCCUUAGUCAACACUACUUUUUAUUUAUUGGAACACUUUCUUGCCACCCACAUGGAGUCAAAAUGCUGGAAAAAUGCAGUGUAUUUCAGUGUCUCCUUAAUCUUUGCUCCUUGAAAAACCAAGAUCACUUGCUGAAACUUACUGUUUCUAGCUUGGACUAUAGCAGAGAUGGACUGGCGAGAGUCAUCCUUUCCAAAAUUCUAACUGCAGCUACUGAUGCCUGCAGGCUGUAUGCAACGAAACAUUUAAGGGUAUUAUUGAGAGCUAAUGUUGAAUUCUUUAAUAAUUGGGGGAUUGAGUUAUUAGUGACCCAGCUGCAUGAUAAAAACAAAACAAUCUCUUCUGAAGCUCUUGAUAUCCUCGAUGAAGCAUGUGAAGACAAGGCCAAUCUUCAUGCUCUUAUUCAGAUGAAGCCAGCUUUAUCUCACCUGGGAGACAAGGGUUUACUUCUCCUCCUGAGAUUUCUCUCCAUUCCCAAAGGGUUUUCCUAUCUGAAUGAAAGAGGUUAUGUAGCAAAACAAUUGGAAAAGUGGCACAAGGAAUAUAAUUCAAAAUAUGUUGACUUGAUUGAGGAACAACUUAAUGAAGCACUUACUACUUAUCGAAAACCUAUUGAUGGUGAUAACUACGUUCGUCGGAGUAACCAAAGAUUACAGCGUCCUCAUGUCUACCUGCCAGUACACCUUUAUGGACAACUAGUACACCACAAAACAGGUUGCCAUUUGUUGGAAGUACAGAAUAUUAUUACAGAACUCUGUCACAACGUUCGGACACCAGAUUUGGAUAAGUGGGAAGAAAUUAAAAAACUGAAAGCAUCUCUUUGGGCCUUGGGAAAUAUUGGCUCAUCAAACUGGGGUCUCAAUUUGCUGCAGGAAGAAAACGUGAUUCCAGAUAUACUGAAACUUGCAAAACAGUGUGAGGUUCUUUCCAUCAGAGGGACCUGUGUAUAUGUGCUUGGGCUCAUAGCUAAAACCAAACAAGGCUGUGAUAUUCUAAAAUGUCACAACUGGGAUGCUGUGAGGCAUAGUCGCAAACAUCCAUGGCCAGUAGUUCCAGAUGAUGUGGAACAACUUUGUAAUGAACUUUCAUCUAUCCCAAGUACUCUAAGUUUGAACUCAGAGUCAACCAGCUCUAGACAUAAUAGUGAAAGUGAAUCUGCACCAUCAAGUAUGUUCAUAUUGGAGGAUGACCGAUUUGGCAGCAGCUCUACUAGUACGUUUUUCCUUGAUAUCAAUGAAGAUGCAGAGCCAGCAUUUUAUGACCGAUCUGGACCCAUAAAGGAUAAAAAUUCAUUCCCUUUCUUUGCUUCUAGUAAACUUGUGAAGAAUCGUAUCUUAAAUUCACUUACUUUGCCUAAUAAAAAACAUCGUAGUAGCAGUGAUCCAAAAGGAGGGAAAGUGUCAUCUGAAAAUAAGACAAGCAACAGGCGAAUCAGAACACUUACGGAGCCAAGUGUUGACUUUAACCAUAGUGAUGAUUUUACACCCAUAUCCACCGUACAGAAAACAUUACAAUUAGAAACUUCAUUUGUUGGGAAUAAGCACAUUGAAGACACUGGUAGUACACCAAGUAUUGGAGAAAAUGACUUAAAAUUCACCAAAAGUUUUGGCACAGAGAAUCACAGAGAAAAUACAAGCCGAGAGAGGUUAGUGGUAGAAAGUUCAACAAGUUCCCAUAUGAAGAUACGUAGCCAAAGUUUUAAUACAGACACUACAACAAGUGGCAUAAGUUCAAUGAGCUCAAGUCCUUCACGAGAGACAGUAGGUGUAGAUGCUACAACUAUAGACACAGACUGUGGAAGUAUGAGUACUGUGGUAAGUACUAAAACUGUUAAGACAAGCCACUAUUUGACACCACAGUCUAACCAUCUGUCUCUCUCCAAGUCAAACUCCGUGUCCCUGGUGCCUCCAGGUUCUUCUCAUACACUUCCUAGAAGAGCACAGUCCCUUAAAGCACCCUCUAUUGCUACAAUUAAAAGUCUAGCAGAUUGUAACUUUAGUUACACAAGUUCUAGAGAUGCCUUUGGGUAUGCUACACUGAAAAGACUACAGCAACAAAGAAUGCAUCCAUCCUUAUCUCACUCUGAAGCUUUGGCAUCUCCAGCAAAAGAUGUGCUGUUUACUGAUACCAUCACCAUGAAGGCCAACAGUUUUGAGUCCAGAUUAACACCAAGCAGGAUCGAUUUUAAAAAGAAGCAUGUCGGGGGAAUCAGGAGCUUAAGACCUACAAUAACAAACAACCUUUUCAGGUUUAUGAAAGCUUUAAGUUAUGCAUCAUUAGAUAAAGAAGAUUUAUUAAGUCCUAUUAAUCAAAAUACCCUGCAGCGAUCCUCCUCAGUGCGGUCCAUGGUGUCCAGUGCCACAUAUGGGGGCUCAGAUGAUUAUAUUGGACUGGCUCUCCCAGUAGACAUCAAUGAUAUAUUCCAGGUAAAGGAUAUUCCCUAUUUUCAGACAAAAAACAUCCCUCCCCAUGAUGAUCGAGGUGCAAGAGUAUUUGCCCAUGAUGCAGGAGGUCUUCCAUCUGGAACUGGAGGUCUUGUAAAAAACUCUUUCCACUUGCUACGACAGCAGAUGAGUCUUACAGAAAUCAUGAAUUCCAUCCAUUCAGACGCCUCUCUGUUUUUAGAAAGUACAGAAGACACUGGACUACAAGAGCAUACAGAUGAUAACUGCCUUUAUUGUGUCUGUAUCGAAAUUCUGGGUUUCCAGCCCAGUAAUCAACUAAGUGCAAUAUGUAGUCAUUCAGACCUCCAAGAUAUUCCAUAUUCUGAUUGGUGUGAGCAGACUAUCCAUAAUCCCUUAGAAGUGGUUCCCUCUAAGUUUUCAGGGAUUUCUGGAUGCAGUGAUGGGGUAUCUCAAGAAGGCUCAGCUAGCAGCACCAAAAGCACAGAAUUGUUAUUAGGUGUUAAAACAAUUCCAGAUGAUACACCAAUGUGCCGUAUACUCCUUCGCAAAGAAGUUCUAAGAUUAGUCAUUAAUUUGAGUAGUUCAGUUUCAACAAAAUGUCAUGAAACUGGGCUUUUAACAAUUAAGGAGAAGUAUCCUCAAACGUUUGAUGACAUAUGCCUUUACUCUGAGGUUUCCCAUUUGCUGUCACACUGCACAUUUAGACUUCCAUGUCGGAGGUUCAUACAAGAAUUAUUUCAAGAUGUACAGUUUUUACAAAUGCAUGAAGAAGCAGAGGCUGUGUUGGCAAUACCACCAAAGCAACCUAUAGUUGAUACAUCUGCUGAAUCCUGACCUCAUAUUUAUGAUGUAUAUAGGUCUAUACUAUAUAUAUUCAUAUUUGUGGAUUUCCUAAAAGCCUCAGAAAAUACUGACUGACUGGGCAGCAAAGACAGGAGUAUCUUCUGUACACUGUUCCAGCAAUUACUGGUACAUGAACAGUUGGAACUGCUGACUUCCCUAACCAAAACAACUUCAUUCUCUCCCCUGUUGAACCCUCUGAAGGGUUCAUGAUUCAUUACCACAGUUUUAAGAGUUACCAUUGUAUGCAAGAGCCAAGCACUGAAAACCUACAUCAGUUUCCUAUUUUUUCAUUUUAAAAGCAUAAUGAAAGUGGAACAAUAAUGGGAUAUGCAGAAGCACCCUUCACACAGUUACUUCUGAACAGUUAAACAUUCUUUUUUAGGGUAGAUGUAAAGAUGCCUUGUUUGUUAACUAAUUCGUGGAAACCUGGAAUCAAUGUCUGUAAGGCUACAUCCUGUUACCACAAUGGGAUGUGCUAUAACUGCUGGUAUUAAGAGGGGGAGCUUUGGCCCUUUCACACUUUUCUUAAUGUUUGUAACACUACUUCAGAGGUUUAUAACCUCAAAGCGAAAGAAGAGCCUCAACAACCUGGGACUUAUAAGUUAUUUUUAUGUCACUAGAUUUGCAUAAAGAUUCUUAUUUGUUUUCCAUCUCUUCAGUUUUGUUGCAAUGUGUUGUUGUAGGCUGUUUAAACCAGUUAAGGUUUUUCACUACAGUUCCUGAUUAAAAUCAGAAAAUCAUUUUACAGUUUAAUUAAAAAUAUUUCCCAUUUAUAGGAUGCAUAUAUUUUCAGUGGACUUCUUUUUUUGUCACCUUUCCAUAUUAUCAUUUUAAAUAAGAACUUGAACAAGCACUAUUAGUUUAGACCUAAAGCAAAGAAAAGCAUUAAGUAAUACUUUGGAUCUCCUGAGGAAAAGAUAGAUUUGUUUGCAAUUUACACAUUCCAUUGGAAAAGAAGAGCCAUAUUUCCUU